AUGGCUCAAGAGAAAUUGAAUAUACAUCGGUUAAAUGUGAAUGCCAGCUCCUCGUAUGAAGAACGAUUGGUUGUGAUUGCCAAAGGCCAAAGUCUUGAAUAUACCAAGACUCUUUCUCUUGUUGUAGCCAUUGACCUAUCCGACAAUAAUUUAAGUGGAGAGUUUCCCCAAGAAAUAACAAAAUUGUUUGGUUUGGUGGUUUUGAACUUGUCGAGGAAUCACAUCACUGGCCAAAUUCCUAAAAGCAUUUCAAUGUUGCGACAAUUGUUAUCUCUUGAUUUGUCAAGCAAUAAGCUUUCCGGCACCAUUCCUUCAAGCAUGGCCUCAUUAUCAUUCUUGAGUUAUUUGAAUCUAUCAAAUAACAAUUUCUCUGGUAAGAUCCCCUUUACAGGGCAAAUGACAACCUUCACCGAGCUGGCCUUUCUGGGAAACCCUGAUUUAUGUGGAGCUCCAUUGGCCACAAAAUGCCAGGAUGAAGAUCCAAAUAAAAGGCAAAGUGUUGUUAGUGACAAAAAUGAUGGUGGCUAUGUUGAUCAAUGGUUUUACUUGAGCGUUGGCUUGGGAUUUGCCAUGGGCAUCCUAGUUCCAUUUUUUGUUUUGGCAACAAGGAAAUCUUGGUGUGAGGCCUAUUUUGAUUUUGUGGAUGAGAUUGUCAGAUGGUUGUUGAGAGGAAGAGCAACCUAUGCCAAAAAUCAUCCUAGAAGGCGAUAA